GCCGCUCUCGAGUUGCGAAUUCAGCGUUAAGACGAACUCCGGACUUCGAAUCGAAGUAAACCCCCGCCCCGCACCCCCUUCAGCUCUACAGUACCAGUGCUUCUCCCUCGAGUUGAGCCAUCUGGGCUUGAACUCGCGCUGCACGACCGGGUGAUCGCAGUUGCCUGUUACCGGCCCCCCUUGGUUAGACUUCGACUUGUUGCGGUACACAUAGUUGGUAUUCGGUAGUCUUCUCUCCCGUUACUCGUUGCCCGAAUGAAGACGUAUCUGCGAAUUCAGGCUAGCAAGCACCUCCGUCCCUCAAGGGUUCUGGUAGACGGCGCCGCAGCUAAAGAAACUGCGAGCUUCGGUCGUAUCUGAGGAAGAACCCCCGAUUACCUCCGGGUCCUGGGUUCGCCAUCGCUCGGGAUCGGUCUCGAACCUAAUUCUAUUCGUCUACCCCCCUCUUGUCCGUAUUUUGUCACAGUUCUUACUUCAACCAUGCUCGCGAUGACGAGGCUUCAGUCCGAUUCCUUCCUCCCGUCGGGCGCCAUUCCCGAUAUAAACGGGGGCGACCGUGUCAUGCCCUCUCUCGCAUCUCACCUCAACCGCCAUCCGGCAUCGAUAAUAUCACCGCUGGCAUUACCUCAUGCGGUUAAUAAUUUUUCAUACUUUCACGAGUCCAGUCGCGGCAUCUUGUCUCGGGACCAUAGCCAUUCGCCAUCCGUCCCUGGGAUUUCCGGGGCCACCUACCAGAUCAAUUAUAUUCCUGACAAGAUUCCGUCCGUCGCCUCCGACGAGCGGUCGACGAGCUCGCUCCCGACGAAGCCCCACGCCGGGUUACGUGUGGCAUCACCUUCCGUAGUGCCCUCCAGCAAUCACGGCGUGAGAUCACCGCUCGGCAUGAUGUCCACUACUGUGUCGGCGGAAGACCUCCUGCGACGUAAAGAGUCGCAGAACCGACGGCUGCUCGAAAGUUGGCUUGCUGAGCGUGCCCACCUAGAGGCUAACCGAGCUCGAGCUGACGAGGUUUACCAAGAGGAGCGAGCCAUAAUGGACGACGAGCGGAUGCUCUGGAUUGAAGAGAAGGCCAGGCUCGAGAAGGACCUGUCCGAAUGGAAGAGUAGGGCGGAGGCAGCUGAAAAAUCGAGAGAUGAGCUGGCAAAUUUUCUCAAGAGCUUGCAGGUCAGACAUAACGAGGGGGGCGGCCCCCUCGGUACCGCUGGGGUUAUGGGGGGUAUUAGAGGUGGCGGUUCCGCCAGCCCGGAAAAAUCGGCCCAGCCCCAGUCGACAGUCGGGUCUGGGGGUUCGUCAGAUCGCGUGCCGCAAACUGUCGUUCCGGCCAGCUCGCUGCUCGGGUCGACGAUGCCGGAGUCGAAGCCCUUCAUACCCCUCGACCCGCGUAUGCAAGGCCCGUCACCACAAGUGGGAUCUCCAAAACCGCAGACAGAACAAGCCCCGUCGAUUGACAUACAUGAGGUUAUACCGGAGCUGGAGGGGAUUCGUGUAAGGCCAGGCGCCGUGCAAAGGCCGACAUUCACCGACGAGAAGCCGUCGUCCCCUUCCGCGCCACCAGCUGGACUGAGGAAACCCUCUCCGCCCGCGCGGGACCAGCCUCGACCACGUCCCAUCCCAGCUGAAUUGACCAAGGAAGCUCUGAGAGCGGCCGAAUCCGACAGGUUGACGAUGCAUGCUGGACACACGCCAAACCACUCCAUGUCGCUAUCGCGGCUCCACACCGUUCAAUCCACCGAUGCAACGAACACGACAAAUAGUCCUGGCGCGCGGACGCCAAAGGGCCAACCCCCGGAAAGUAGCCAAGGGGAUCUGCGAGAGCAGCCCUCGCAGGGGAAGGCGGUAGAAGUAAACAACCUUCUUGGAAUUUUUGCAGACUCCGAGGCUCGGGACGAGCCGCUGACAGUAGGAAAUAUUGACGCAACCGCCGAUGUCAACGCCGACGGUGAAUCAGACGAUCACGACCACGACCCCGAGCUGAAAGGGCCGUUACACCUUCGAAAUCUUCCAGCGGUCGAUGAGCCCUUCCUCAAGUCUUUAAACAGCAGGCUAGAGAAGGUGUUGUUUAACGACAUCGCUCCAUCGGUGCUCAAGAAUGCGGCCGCUUCCACCUCAUCCGAGAACCGGCGUUCUAUCGAGCCUGCUAGCAAGGAUCUCAUCGACAAUCUGGACGACGAAGAGGAGGAUAUCCCCCUCAAGUUGAAGAAAUCCAGCAACUUUGGCCAACCUCUCGGCCAGCUUCGGUAGAUCGCCUAGAUUGUGACUGUGCUCCAAAUGUCCUCGGUGCAAUUGGCGUCGUCGAUGCUUGGGAUGCGGUCCUCCCUCUCAUACACAGGCCACGUUCAUUCGUUAUGCGCUGGACUAUCGUUUCUUUUUGUUUGCCC